AUAUUUUUCUUCUUUUUAUAAUUGUAAAUUAAAUUAAAAAAAAAAAAAAUCUUAUCCUAUAAAUAAUAAUAAUACUUAAUCAUUAUAAUGGAAGUUCAAACGGUCGAAAAGAAACCCAAUACCGGAAAACAAACAGUGACGGCGACCGAAGAGACGUCUUCAGUGGCUGAACGCACCAAAGAGGUGACCAAAGACACGGCCAACUCGCAUUUGGAGCAGAAAGCUAAGAGCGUACAGUCAGAGGAAUCGACCAAAUCGGUGUCCGAAACUGUGGAGAAACUGGCCAACGGUGGCGUGAAAAAGAAGACGGUCAUGUCAUCGUCGCAACAGUUUUCAUCUGAGGAAUCGUUCGAGGAGAGUUGGUCGUCCACUGGGCCUACAAUCACCACUACCGUGACCAAGCAAAUCGAACAAUAACGACAAUAAUACUUUUUAUGCUUCAUUACCACGUGUAUUUCAACAAUAUUUCACGACAAUGAUUUUACGAUAUGUUACCGCGUGUGAUGAUAUAAUAUUAUAAUAUAUUGUACCCAUAAUAAUGUGGUAAUGGUAAUUAAAUCGCGCGGAUAAAAGUGACGUUCAAUAAUAUUUUAUUUAUCAAUAUGAUUGUUCAUAUUUUAAUAUAAUAUUAUGUACGUGCGCGGUGUACUGCUUGUCAUUGUAUCGCAAACUAUCUGUUUAUAAUGUUGUUAACGUAAUAUGUAUUUUUUUUCUGUUUGUUUUUAAUGCACUCAAUAAUUUUAACCGGAUAUUAAAGAAUAUAUUA